AUGCUGCACCACACAUUCAUGGUAUUGCAACUUGCACGUUUUACACGUGCCACCAAAUUAAAGGGGCACCAAAAAUUACACCUCCAAAACAAGAACAGCCCAGCAGCGAUGAAAAUGAAUGACAAAAUAUAUUUUCCAGGCAAAGGAGAGGGAACCAUCAGAUAUAUCGGUAAAUUGGAUGGCAAGGAAGCAGAAUAUGUUGGAAUAGAAUUGCAGGCACCGUUGGGGAAGAAUGAUGGAUGUAUCAAUGGAAUAAGAUAUUUUAGUUGCGGGAGAGGGCAUGGUCUUUUUACUACUGUGGACAAAUUGGAGAACAUAAUGAAAGAUGGGUGUGAACCUGUGCAGGCUAGUGCAAUCAUGAAUAAGUAUAAGGACAUGAGUCUCAGGAAUUUAAGCGAUGUUGGCAAGACACAUAUAAAUCAAGCCAUACCAAAGGAUGAGAUUAGCAGUGCCGUUAAAUUCAAGGUCGAAGGUUCUGAUGUGAAAGCAAAGCACAGGGCACACGAUGCACAGAACGGUCUGAACAAAACUGAGGAUGGUGCAAUUAAUGGUAACAGAAUGAACGCAUUCGAUGCUGAAAGCGCCAGCAAACAACGUUUUGGCUCGAGUAACGGCCAAGACCCUUUUAAAUCUGAUAAUUAUAAUGUUAAGAAUCUUUCUGCUAUUCUGGAAAAAGCGAUUGAUGAAAAUUCUGGUAAUAUGAAACAGAAUGAGCUUGCCAAGUUGGAUUACGAAAAGCUUAAGUUGAUUUACCAGACGCAAAAACUUUACUCGCAAUCGCAAAUAAGUGAUUUGAAAUUGCAGGUCAAGAAAUUGAAAAAGCGUUGCCUAAAAAAUGAUAAUCCUAGGCUUGUUGAGGAGAUUAAUCGUUUGCACAAAGAAAACUUGACAUUGAAAGGCUCUCGGAUGAAAAACGUGCGUUCAAGAGAGCAGAUAGAUGAGUUUAUAUUGGGAAUAACCAAGGAUUGCCUGAAAAUGAAGCGCAGCGUUGACGAGGCCCUUGAGCUCCUAAAUCGGUGCACACAGAAGAAAAUUUCUCUAUCAAACGAACAUUGUAGCAUGUUUUACCUGACCAAGGAUUUACUGUUCGCUAUUUUGAAUGAUGAUGAAGAGAAGACAGACUUGUAUUUUGGAAAAUUCAGAGAGAUCCUUAGAAAAAACGGUAUAGAGUGUUCAUUAGAGUAGUACACUUGAUAAGCGUUAUAAAUAAACAUCUUUAUUACAUUUGAUAUGUAUUAUGGCCUGGGCAUACUCAUCUUUACGGCAUAUUUCAGCAAAUGGCAAAAUUUAUGUUAUUUUUCGAUAAACAUGCACAGCAACCAAAGUUGAUUGCUAAAGAGCGGCUAGAUGAUCAGAAUAA